AUGGAAGAACCAGGAGUCAGACAGAGGAAGAAAGCAGCUACUGGGUCGUCGUAUGGUCACGAGACGGACGAUGAAGCAAAGUCUGGCUCAGCACUUCCAAAAAUAUAUGUGUUACUAGCCGCUGUGUUGGUUUUGGCACUUUACAAUUUUCUAGCUCUGGUAAAGAGACCGCUCAACCAGUUCCUCGGUACACCUACCAGACAUCUACCAGGAGUUCGAACAAAUUAUGUCCCCACCUUCACAGCGGACGAGGCAAAACAAGACGCAGUGGUAGAGGCCUUUAAACAUGCGUGGUUUGCAUACGAAAGAGACGCUAUGGGUGACGACGAGUACCACCCAAUCUCGCACGCUGGCUCAAAUCUAACCAAAGCGGGGGGUAUUGGGUAUACUGUGGCAGACUCUAUCGACACGAUGAUUAUCAUGGGGCUGGAGGAUGAGUAUCAGCGUGCAAGGGCAUGGGUGGCAGACAAGCUCUCAUUUGAACGGGAUGGUAAUUUCAACACUUUCGAGACAACAAUUAGAGUCCUGGGAGGCUUACUGUCUGCAUACCAUUUGUCUGGGGAAGACCCCGUAUUUCUUGAGAAGGCCGAGGAACUCGGUAGCCGCAUUCUGCCCGUUUUUGAGACAGAGUCUGGUCUUCCGUUAUCACUAAUUAAUCUGGCACUUCGAGAAGGCGUGCAAGAUAACGAUAAUGGUGGGUAUAUCAGUACUGCCGAGGCUUCAACAAUACAACUCGAAUUCCGCUAUCUGGCGUACCUUACCGAUGAGGAUACGUAUUGGGAGAAGGCUGAAAAGGUAAUGGCCGUCCUGAGGGCAAGCGCAACGCCAAGCGGGCUAGCCUCCAUCUUUGUUGACCCGAAAAUGGGUCGCUACCAAACUUCAUCGAUUCGGAUCGGGUCUCGUGGGGAUUCUUACUACGAAUAUCUACUGAAACAAUACUUACAAACUAACCAAACGGAGCUUGUAUAUCGCGAGAUGUACGCCACAGCGAUGACAGGUAUCCACACACACCUGGUAAAGCGGGGGCUUUCCAGCCAGCUUCUCUACAUUGCUGAGCUUAACCCGGAGCGGAACCAAAAUGGGGAAAUUGGAUGGCGUUUAACACCCAAGCAAGACCAUCUCGUGUGCUUCCUUGGCGGUUCCCUUAUGCUUGGUGCCACAACGUCCGGUGCCCUUGUUCACAAUGUCUCAAUUCCACCCCGAACCGACGAGCUCACCGAACAAGGCGAACGUGAUUGGCUUACAGGAGUGGAACUCAUUAAGACUUGUAUGGCCACAUAUGACACCCAAACCGGCCUGGCGCCUGAAAUUGCGCACUUCCGUAUUCUGGGCGAUGGGGUAGAUGAUUCAGUGGCUCCUGCGGACUGGUAUAUCAAAGGCGCGCGCCCAAACGCCCCUCCUCCUUUUGAUGCCCGGUACAUCCUCCGCCCGGAAACUGUCGAAUCCAUCUUCAUUGCCUUCAGGCUCACCGGUGAUCCCAAGUAUCGCGAUUACGGCUGGGCGAUAUUUCAGGCCAUCGAAAAGCAUUGCCGCAUCCCAACAGGCGGGUACGCGAGUGUGAUAAAUGUGGAUCAAGUUCCCGUGGAGUAUGAUGAUAAAAUGGAGACUUUCUUGAUGAGCGAAACAUUAAAGUAUCUGUAUCUACUCUUUGCGGAUUCAAGUGUGCUUCCUCUCAAUGAAUAUGUCUUCAACACGGAGGCGCAUCCGUUGCCCGUAUUUAAUCCAACUAUACGCACCGGCUUUUCGUAA